AGAUGUUUUCAUGGAACAGAGUCUACCUUCGAUCAGAGUUCAAGCACUGGGGAGGAAGGUCACCAAUGCAGCAGCCUCGAGAAGGAGGGAGGUGGAGGUCAGUGGUGUGUGCGGUUGGGUCUGUUUUUCAGUCAAGGCCGGUUUGGUUGAAAUCAGAAAGCGAAAGCUCACAGGGCCAGAGAAGUCUUCCCUUUUUUGAAGUUGCUUCUUAGCAGAGUGGAAAGCCCCAGCCAGACCCCAGUGCACCGAAAGCAUCCCAGGCGCAGGGCAGCCAAGAGGCAGAAGCAUCCAGACCUGCCCGCCGCGCCUGGGGCAUGGAGCCGAUGAAGAAGCUUCAGACGGUCCUGGACCUGUACCUCAAGCACCGCGACGCGCUGGGCUACGGCCUGGUGACUCUGCUGACCGCGGGCGGGGAGCGCAUCUUCUCCACCGCCGUGUUCCAGUGCCCCUGCAGCGCCACCUGGAACCUGGCCUACGGGCUGGUGUUCCUGCUGGUGCCCGCGCUGGUGCUCUUCCUCCUGGGCUACGUGCUGAGGGCCCGCACCUGGCGCCUGCUCACCGGCUGCUGCAAGCAGGGCGUCUGCACCGGCGGCGGCACCGGCUGCUGCAACGCGGGGCUGCGCGGGGCCCAGGUGUGCGCGCAGCUGACCGGGGCGGCGGCCGUCGCGCCCCUCACCUGGGUGGCGGUGGCGCUGCUCGGGGGCUCCUUCUACGAGUGCGCGGCCAGCGGGAGCAGAGUCCUGGCGCGGCGCCUGUGCUCGGGCCGUGACCCCCAGUGCGUCCCACAACUGCCGCUGGUUCCCUGCAACAAGGCGCAGGCGCCCGGCGUGCAGGACCUCCUGAUGGACCUCAAGGCCCAGUCGCAGGUCCUGGGCUGGGUCCUGAUAGCAGCUGUUACCGUCUGCGUUCUGAUUAUUGUAUCUGUCACCCGAUGUGUAUCUCCAAUUAGUUUUCUACAGCUGAGCUUUUGGAAAAUCUACGUGGAACAGGAGCAGAAGAUCCUCAAAAGUCAAGCCACAGAACAUGCAACCGAAUUGGCAAAAGAGAAUGUUAAAUGUUUCUUCGAAGAUUCACCUCCAAAGGAAGUCAACACUCCGAGCAACGAAGCCUGGCAGCAGAUCUCAUCAGUAUACACUUUCAAUCCGAAGAACCAGUACUACAGCAUGCUGCACAAACACGUUAAAGGAAAAGAGAAGAAUCAAAGUAUCAGGAGUACGGAAGGAAGUGCCGUGGUUCCUGGUUUUGGCUUUGUAGAUGAUCAUGAUAUACACGCCACUAAUGCGUUUUGACCCUGUGAGUGAAUAAAAAGAAAAGGGUUCUUUUGAAUUAUUCAUUUUUUUAAAGUAAACAUUGUUAUUGUUUAUGGUGGCUUUUCACUUUGGUCUUCCAAAUUAUGGAAGUAUGGAAUUUUAGAUCUGAA